GCCAAAGAUGGCUUCUGGAGAUACUGAAGGUAAAAAGCAGCGAAAAAGAAAGAGGCUACCGCUGUCGUUGAAAGAAAGAAAUGAGGACGCCACGAUCGCGAAUGAGUCAGAUCUAUCUCUUUCGUCAUUACCCAACGUCUUUGAGAAGUGGAGAAAAGGUUGCAAGGAAGCAAAACGGCCAGAAAUGCAUUCUGAUGCUAGAUUCUCCGUACCGCCUCCGUUUUCAGCUCUGGGUAAUUUGGGCAACACUUGCUACUUGAACUCUGUUCUGCAGAUGUUGAGAUAUUGUCGUGGUUUCGUUGAUUCACUGAAACAGUUGAAUAUCCAAGCCGAGAAACUUAACGGUCGACAAGAAUCUUUGCUGUCAUGUGCAAAGCAACAUCGUCUUGCCAGCGCGCUGUGUGAGCUUUAUGGCAAAAUGGAGGAAGUCGAGAUGGUUUACAGGAAAGACCUAGAAAGUCACAACUCAAUUUAUCUGUCUAUUCAACCUGUAGAUGUCAUUCAUGCACUAAGGGAAAGACAUCCUACAUUUACUGCUUUUGCACAACAUGAUGCUCAAGAACUCUUGAGAUGUUUGCUGUCGUAUCUUCAAGAACUAAGUGAACGAUGUAGGAGAUCACUUAAAAAUCAAGUAGAUUGGAGUGACACAACAAAUGGCACUGACAUCAGUGAUAUGGACACAGCAGAGCAUUUCACCGAUUAUGGUCGGAAUGGUAUCAAUUCAGUGGCGUUGGAGUCACCACUUGCAGCUAAUGCUGCUUGUUUAAGUAAGGAAGUGACCAGUGAGGCUGAUUUUGUUGUUGGGAUGUUUCAAGGUGGUUUAGUUUUCACAACCAAAUGUCUGGAAUGUGAGAGUAGUAGUGGCCGUCAUGAGAAAUUUCUUGAUGUUAGUGUUCCAGUCAAACGUUUCAAGUCAUCUCCAGAGACACCAAGAAAACAGACAGCUGUGGGACAGAACUCACUGAACUGGUCAUUGAAGCAGUUCACUAAACCAGAGCGUCUCACAGGAGAAGACAAGUACUACUGUGGAGUGUGCAACAGACAUUCAGAGGCAGAAAUUAGCAUGUGUUUUGAUAAACUUCCUCCUAUACUCACAAUUCACUUAAAGAGGUUUACAGCUUUGGCUGGAGGAGGUCAGUCUCUGGGCUUUGUGACCAAACUCAGUGGAAAUCUAGCUACUCCAAUGCAUUUGCGACUACAUCAGUGGUGCACCAGGGACUGUGAGAAUAAAAAUCAAACAUAUGAACUCCUUGGUGUUAUUAUGCAUAAUGGUUGUGGUACUGGUAGUGGUCACUACCUCACAUAUGUUAGAGCAUCAGGUGAAGCAGAGAAGUGGAUGGUCGGAGAAAAUUCUGUUGCUGCUUCUGAAUUGAAAGAGAACUUUGAGAAAUCGCUUGAGACAGUAACUGAAGAUUAUGUGUUGAAGGAUGAUGCAGAUACUUCUCCGAUUUCAGGCUCACAGUCUGUUGAGUGUGCAAGAGUUUUUUCAAGUAGCUUGUCUGGAGUAAGUGACAUAGAACUAGAUAUUACCGCUUAUGCUUCUCUGUGGAAAUGGCUAAGAUUUGAUGACUGUGAUGUGGAAAUCAUAUCUCAUGCUGACUUUCUGAGAGCCAUCUCACCUAGCUCAGUGGUGACUUCCACACCUUACAUAUUGUUUUAUCAAUUCUGUUGUAACAGUGGAGCAUACAUGUAGUUUGUUUAUACCUUAUUGAAAGAUGGCUUUGUUCUUAAUGGAAAUCAUAUUAUGUUUAAACGUAAUUUAAUUUAAAUUUUACUUGAUGAAAUCCACAUUCUGUUUGUAAGAACAGCAACUUAUUGAGAAGAGACUGCAAGCCCACUUGUUUAUAAUUGUUUUCUUGUACAGCAUGAACGGUAAUUUGAAAUGUGUAUACCUGUUCUACAAUACAUGUGUUGUAUCAAAGCCCAUCAAAACAAUUCCUACUAUCGUUCUGGUGACAACUGUUGCUCUGGUGAGAAUCACGAUUUUCCUUUUUUCUCACUUCUCUUCCUGUCUCUUUUUCUGUUUUGCUUCUCUCAUUCCUUUUCCUUUAUGAUACAUAUUGGUGGAUGUUAAUUAUCUUGAAUGUUAAUUCAAUUAUAGCUUUGAAACAGGUACAUACAUCGCAGUAACAUGUACAGUACUUGU